AGAAUCACGGGCAAAAUAGUCGACACCGGCUCUAUUUGCCAUCAAUAAAAAAUAGAAUAGAAUAAGGCAUAGCAAAGACAAAUGUUUUCUGCGUUUGAAACUACCGAACCAUUACAAAAACCAGAGUUUAUAAAAUACUACAAUAUGAAGUAAUCUGAGCGAGACACUGGAUUUUUGCGAAUUCCAUAAGGGCAACGCCAUUAAUUAAAAAGAAGAAGAAGAAUAAUAGUACUCCUUGCUGAACAUAGAACAAUAAUAGUCUACGACGUGCUGAAUCCUGGAUUAUAAACUUAAACAGUACAAAGAAUGUUUCUAUGUGCCUAGAAUAAGUGUAACUAAUAUAUGAACAAUUCGGUAUAAAUUUUUUGUUGAUAGCUGUUUGCAAACUUUUCAGUUUUAAUAGGGAUUAAUAUAAACACAUGGCUGAUGAAAUGAAAGGAAAAGAUAAGUUUGAUAACAACAUUUGUAGCCCAUGUGGCUCAUUAUCACAAAAUGUGAACACAUUGAAUAUGGUCUCAAUAGAACUGGCUGACUUAGACGGAGGUGCUCCAAAUGUGAAUGAGGAAUGUAGUCUGACAGCUGCACAACGUGCACGUAUUGAGCGGAACAGAUUGAAAGCACGUGCCUUACAGGACGCUCGUUUAGUUCGCCGCCCUGAUUUAGCUGGCCAGACUGAAGCAGCCAAAUGCGAUUCCGGUGGUGGGUUUCUUCUGGAAGAGGAGGAGCCGAUGGCUACUGUGGCGGUGAGCGCGCCCCCCGCGCCGCUGCUGGACCCCGCCGCGCAGCCGCACUGCGCGCUCUGCCAGCGGCCCUUCGCCUGCUCGUACCUGUUUGAUACGUUCGACUACAGUGUCUGCGAUUCCUGUAGGGACGACGAGGACGAGCAUUCGUUGAUGACGCGCACCGAGGCGAAGGCCGAGUUCCUGCUGAAGGACUGCGACCUGGACGCGCGGCCGCCGCCGCUGCGCUGCGUGCGGCGCCGCAACCCGCACCGCGGCGGCGGCGACAUGCGCCUGUACCUGCGCGCGCAGCUGCGGGACCGCGCGCUACUCGUGUGGGGCUCCGUUGCGGGACUGGACGAGGAGCGCGCGCGCCGGGCGCAGCGCAGCGGCCGCGCCAAGCUCAAGCAGACGCAGCGGCGGCUGCGCGCGCUGCGCAUGGACGUGCGCUCCAGCCUCUACGACCGCUCCGCCCCGAAGCAUCUCCACGAGUUCGGCCCCGAGACCUACCGCGCCGCCGACGACGACUACGAGCGCGUCUGCCUCGUCUGCGGCCACCGAGAGACCUACGAGAAGAUGUAGUGGAUCCGUCAUCGGUCCGAGUCGUUGUACGAAGGAAUAUAAACGUUGAACUCGAAUAUGAACGAACGUCGUUCUCGGUGAGAUAUUGGAGACUUCUAGAUUGUGAUCUAUUUGAAUCUUUUAGCAUGUGAUCGUUUGAAUGAUUAUCUACAUACUUUCUUACUUGAGAUAUUUAAAUAAAAAGAGUUAAUUUUU